CGCCCUGCCAACAAAGUCUUCUGGGUGGGUCUUGAACGAAACUAGUUUCCUCGUCGUGUCACUCGACCGUGGUAUACCUCUCGUCUUCAUGUUUGACACCAUCAGUUUGUUACCAAACUGUCGUGAAGUAAACACGCAUUUUCGUCGUUAGGGCAACUUCAAAAAGAAUUUCUUGUUUUAAACCUUAGCGUGAACAAUGGUUAAUAAAGCCAAUGCCAAAAGAGGCCUGGUGCGUCACAUCGUUAUUCUUCUGCUAUUUAGCUUUUCCGUAGCAAUGAAGGUUUCAAUCGAGACGACUUGGGAUAACCAACCUAUAGAUCACCAACCUGCAAUCAUUGAAUUGCAAUCGCUGCAUGAAAACGACAUUCAAAUGAACGUGGAAGGAACAUUUUUCAACGAUCCUCCAAAUCCAGGCGGUGUCCCCGGCGAGCCUUUCAUGGGUCUUUGGGACUUUGAAGUCAUAGAAUUGUUUUUGGCGAAUGACGCGAAUCAAUACGUCGAGGUCGAACUUGGACCGUGGGGCCAGCAUAUUGUUUUGCUGCUUAAUGGCGUUCACAAGACUAUCCGACACAGUUUACCCUUGCGUUAUAAAGUACUGCAACGCACAGAAUCCGGUCGUUGGCAAGGUCAAGCUAUCAUUCCUGCCUCUUACCUACCACCAAAUGUGACGAAAAUGAAUGCUUAUGCCAUACAUGGAAGUGGAGCCAAGCGAACCUACGAAGCUCUUUACCCUGUUCCUCAAGGGCAAUUUGAAAAUCCAGACUUCCAUCGCCUGGACUUUUUCCGACCGGUUAAUGUUUCCGAAUUCCUUGCAAAGCCUGUCACUUCGUUUUCAACUAUUUGGAUAGAAUCCAUGGAAUCAGCUAAUAACUGAACUUCCAUCAACCACCAUCAAACAAUUUUUAAACGCUAUUUGCAGAACUUUCUUGAAGAUCACCGAACCAGAUUUCUAAGGAACAUUUCGAGCAUGAAAAUUACUUUGCUGAACUAGAAACUUGGAUUCGUGGUGGCAGCGUCUGCGAUAGCAAACGUUACAUUUUUGAAUUUGUGCCAAUUUGCAAUAUAAAAAAAAGGAUGGGCCUAGAGUGAAAAUUUUUCCAUUAA